CAAGCAUGCUUCAGAACAUCACUUCUCAAGUAUAACCUUAUCAACAACAGCAAUAAUGCCAGAGGAACCGGCUUCCGUAACAAAAGUUAUCAGCUCUACUUUGAAAAAACUUCGGUACGGAGGAAAGAGUAAAUCCCGGAAAGAAUUGGAAAGUGGUAAAAUGGAACCCGGAAAAGUCAUCCAGAGACAGGAGAUUGAGCUGCAGAGAUGCUGGGAGGGAAAGCUGGUCUUCCUUCUUCACAACGUCUUCACCAAGAAGGAAUGCUUGCAGUUGAUCAAGGAAUCUGAAAUGAGAGGUUUCAGUCCUGCUAUGAUCCAUACUGCUGAUGGAAAAGAAAUUACAAAGACUGACACAAGAAACAAUUACCACAACUUCCUGGAUUCUGUGGAGGAAAUGGAGAAAAUACAGAAGAGAUUGAGACCAUACAUUCCAGAACUUUGGCGAAAUCACAAAAUAGUAGGACUGAACGAAAGACUUCGUGUUCAGCGCUACGACUCAGGAGAGUACUUCAAGCCUCACUUCGAUGCCGGAUUUCGCAGAGAAAAUGGCGAGAAAAGUUUCCUAAGUGUGCAGAUUUUUCUAAACGAUGACUUUCUAGGAGGCGACACAACGUUUUUAGACCUUGAAGAAUCCGAGAGAAUUGAAGUGGAACCCAGAACAGGUUCAGUUCUAAUCUACCAACACGACAUCUUACAUGAAGAUUCGGCCGUCCUUUCCGGAAGGAAGUACGCACUCCGUACCGACGUCAUGUACUCCGCAGAAAAGGUGGAGGACGAAAAAGAGCUCAGGCGACUGAGGAAAAACGACAAGGGAAAAUUCGGGAUGUUUAUGUGAAAAAUCGUCACUAUACAAGAUACUUUUUUCGAUAAUAUUGUGUCCCACUUCUGGUUUCACUUUGCAGCCAGCAUCACUUCAUUGACAUGUACCCAAAGCUUUGGCUUCGAGUGCACUUUAUCAUUAGUAGUCUUAUCUAUAGUGAUUAGGUGUAUCUUGUGAACACGCGCUUUUUUCAUGUAUGAUUUUUUUAUUGAGGUCUCUGUGUGAUAUGUGAGAAUUCCCAUUAUAUUUUCUUUUAUAUAUACUAACGUUGUAUAUUUAAUCUUUGUACAAAGAGAGAUAUUUAUUGAAGUUUACUUCACUAAUAAAAGCUGUAAUUUGGUACCAGAUUUUUUUUUUAAUUCCAGUCAAUGACAGUCUUAAUUCGUCAGUCUGAUAGCAAGCAUUGCAUUUUCUACAUGAAAAUGCAUCCUUUUAAAUCAGGCUUGGUCAGCUGACUAAAUACACGUAUAGGUAUAAUACAGUACAAAUACAAUACAAAAAAUCUAAACGCGACUACCAUACGUGCAUGUAUAUAGUUCUAGAUCUUUUUACCAUACGUGCAUGCAUAUAGUUCUAGAUCUUCACUGUCGAAGACUGUUGUCAAUCUGCUUGCAUUUUUUUACUUCCAGGCAACAAAUAAUGCAAAUUGAUAUAGACAGAAUCAAUUACUGAGUAUGUUUCUGUCUGAAUUAGACUGAGAGC